UUUUGCACAACCGAUACAACAUUACCUAAAAAUACUUUCCUAAAGUGCGUUUGAUCGAGUUAUGCGCUAGAUUUAGCUUGACUAGCUUACGUGACGUCAGGAUAAAGUCUCGCGAGAGCAGUAACGUGAAGUCGUGCUAGCAGCUCUUUUUUAGCCUGCUUCAAACCCUAUAAACACACUGGACAAUACUCGCUGGAGUUUUGUUGAUUGUUUUGUUUUAUUGAUGGUUAAAAAAAUAAAGAGAAGAAUUGGAGCUAUGGUGGUGAAUGUAUGACAACAUAUCGUGGAAAACCUGAUAGCUCUAAUACAGAGAGAAAAUAAGGCUGGUUAUUGUUAUUGUCCAGUAUUUUUUUUGGAUAGCUAACGUUAAUGUUUUUCUAUCGCAAGGAGAGGCGGGGAACGUAACACACACACACACACACACACACACACACACACACACAGCAUUAGUUUUUGGAUGCAGUCGCUUUACACGGGAAAUUCUUUGGGAAGUCUGAUUCUUCAGCCUGGAUUUCACUUUCCUGAGGACGACAGCGAGGUUUCGAGGCAUUACAUGGAUUAUCUGUGUUUCAGAACUCUGUGCUGUAAAGGUCCGCCUCCCCCCAGACCGGAGUAUGAUGUAGUGUGUAUUGGAUUGACAGGCUCCGGAAAGACCAGCCUGCUGUCCAGACUCUGCAAUGAAGCUGCAGACACCAUUGUACCUACCACAGGUUUUAGCAUUAAAGCAGUGCCCUUCCAGAACGCCAUCCUAAACGUCAAAGAGCUGGGAGGAGCUGACUCCAUUAAGAAGUACUGGAGCCGUUACUAUCAGGGUUCUCAGGGUGUGGUGUUUGUGUUAGACAGUGCCUCAUCUGACGAGGAUCUGGAGACGGCGCGCACAGAGCUGCACUCGGCCCUGCAGCACCCGCAGCUCUGCACCCUGCCCUUCCUCAUCCUCGCCAACCAACAGGACAAACCGGCCGCACGCUCCGUCCAUGAGAUAAAGAAAUAUUUUGAGCUGGAACCUUUGGCUCGGGGGAAGAGCUGGUUGCUCGAGGGAAGCACAGUAGAGAACAUGGAUGCAGUGAAGGAGAGCUUCAGCCAACUCAUCCACCUGCUGGAGGAAAAGGACCAGGAGACAGGCAGGAUAUGAUCUGGGAAUGUUCCCUAAUUCCAGCAUCCUUCACUCUGGACAGUACAGAUCUCCACCUCACCACAGGCGAGAGUGUGUGUGUGUGUGUGUGUGUGACUACAGCAAGCUGAAACUCUUCACACAGAUUCACACAAGCGGGGUUUAUAUCGUGUAUCAUAUCGGAUUUUAAGGUAUGAUAUGUAAUUAGGUUCUUUUUAGUAGUACCACAAGUUCCUGUCGCUCCGUGUCGUCAGUAAACACGGUUCCAUGUUCCCCGUCCCGUGUCAUACACACCUAGUUGCACAUUGCUACAUGACUGAUAAAGUUAAACACUUUUCUUGGUAUGUAGAGAAACUGGAUAGUUUUUCUUAAUAUGUAGAUUGUUCUAUUUCAUGCGUGUAUACGAAUGUAUACGUGUGUGUGUGUGUGUGUGUGUGUGUGUGUGUGUAAGAUCUGACUGGUUUGUACUUUAAAAGCCUUAAAGUAUGUGAUGUGUUUUUUUGAACCAAACUACAGUGACUUAUACAACUAUAAAAUAGUCUUAAAAUAAUCACGGCUGUGAAAUUCCCUCUUUAUGCCCAAAAAUUCCAAAAUUCCAGAAUAUGGGAAUUCCUCUGCAUGUCUCUCUGGUGUAAUUGUAGAAAUCAUGCAUCGUACAGGAGGAUUGUUUGAGGUUCAGUGAUACGUUUCAGUGCUGUUAUUCUGUCGGUGUAGUUUUUUUAUAACCACAGCAUAUCAAAAUGAAGUGUUCCGUCUUUCCGGAGAUCCGUCGUCUGUGAUUGUAGUAUUAUAAGGUUCUAUUUGGGUUUUGAGGAUCCAAGAUUUCACAUUCCAGUUUCCGGAAAUCUGAUGUCUACUGACCUUUUGAGUAUUCCGAGGAAUUUGUGCAAUGUUUUUUUUUUUUUUUUUUUUUUUUUUUUUUUUCUUCUUCUUCAUCCAGAAUCGAUUUCAGGUUUAAGGAGAGUUAGAGAAGAAGUUAUAAUGUUAUAUACACAUAACAGUACACUUACAUCAUCUAUUAAAGAGUAAGGUUAAUUUUUUUAGUUGUUUAAUAUUUCUCCGUCAAACUUUUCAUUCAUUUUUACCCUCUCUUGGAAAAAAAAUUGCCGCCCAUUUUCACCAUUUUUAGUCUCUGUAUAACUAAAUCUAGCUCGAUUUAGCUACCUGAUGUUAAGUAUAUGCUUUUUAAAUGCUAGUGAAGUCUUAUAUACGUAGAUAGAUUUUAUUUCACGUUAAUUGACCUGUGAGCAUAUGAGAGAGGGAGACUGGGGUGUGGCUUCUAUUUAGUGUAAGAUGAUAGAGCAUGAGAGAGAGGGAGAUGGGGCGUGGCUUCCAUGUAGCAUCGGUUAAUACCGGAGCCUAACAUUUGAACCCGUCAAUCAUUCUAGUUUUAUAUGAUUGACUUCUGUUGUACUGGAAAAGCUUAAUGCUGUGAUGAAACCUUUACAAAUUAUCAUCGAAUACAGUAUUGUCCAGUAACUUUUUUUUUAUUUUUAUAGUAUCUACAGAUAAGUUGCUUUCUCCUCUGUGAGGCUUCAAGUCGACUGAAUGUAGAUUCAUGUUGUUCACGCUCGUCCCGAGGCUGUGUUCAUGAGGCUGUUAUGGAACACCACAAGACAUAAAGUGAUGAAAAAUUUCCACCAAGCUUCCCGAUAGAACCUUAAUAAUGCUACCGAGGUCACGAUAAAUGUCCGCCUUCACUUUUCUACAUCUCCUUAAAAAACGAUUUCAGUAAAUUUUCUUACUGUUGAAUGUAAAAGCGCUCCAAUCCUGUUCUCAGAACCGUCAGUAGUGCCUCUUCUAUAGAUGGAGUAUCCUUCAUCUAAUCCUUUUUUUUUCCCCUCUCCUCCGUCUCCCUUCCCAACACCAGUGCCAAUCUGAUCGCUUCCCCACACCAACCUUUUCCCGUGCCAUUAAUUAACGUGUCUUCAAAACCAAAUGAACUCCCGCUUUUAGUCCUUACCGAACGCGGGAAACAAAUCUCGUCUUUGUAGCGUACCUGUACCUUUUUAUAAUUCACAAAUUCAAUUUGUACAUUUGUUACAGAUUAUUCUGUUGUUCAUUUUAGUUUCUUUGUUUUAUUUUUUUUUCUUUGUACUGGAACAAAUCUAAAUACAUCUAGAAAGUUCAGAUUGUGAUGAUGGCCGUGAUGUUCGGUCGCAAAACUGUUAAUUGUGUAUAUAUGUGUAAUUUAUGCAUAAUUUCCACUGAGCAACAUGAACAAUAAAAAGGCUUAAGUAGGAGAAUCUGUGAUGAUUGAUGUUUCAGCAUGAAGUGAUGUUCAAGCAAUACAGCCCAGUUAAUUAUUUAGAUCCCUAAUGAGAAGCUUGAGGUGAUGGCGGUGAGGAAAAACUCCCUGCGAUGAUCUGAGGAGGAAACCCUGAGAGGAACCUCAACCUCGUUUGGGUGACACUGGACAGUUGAUAAUGUCCUUUCUGCAACAGCAACCAAGAGCUCCUGAGGAACUAACAGGUCAGUGUAGCUUCUGAGGUCAUUAUAGCACUAAUUCCAUCCUGCUGAAAGCUUAUUGAUGCAACAGCAGUUCAGAGACGGCGUGAUUGUCUCCCAGAGGUUUUAUCCACAGCAGUCCCCUGGAUCACGGGCUGUCCAUGCAGAUCUGUCCCCAGCAGCAGUGACCACCACCAAGCCACAAGACUCCAACCAGGGGUCUGGAUGGAUCAGGCACUUCUUGCUGAUGCUUUAUACCGACUCGUACAGUUUUUUUUGUUUUG